AUGCACCAUUCUUUCCAGGUUCUGGCAUUCUCUCUUGCUGCCCUUCACUGCAUGGGAGCAUUGGCAUCGCCAGCCGUCUCACCGCAGGUGAACAACAUUUUAAGCCGUGCUGAUGCGCCGGACGAGGAGUUCGUGAUCACUCCAGGCGGACCUGUCCUUAAAUCCAACGUGCACUCCGUGCCCCAAGGCGCUAGAGUAGAGCACAUUGGUGAAACCAUCAGUAUUGUUUCUGCGAAUGGUACAACUCUUAAAUCCACCCCAUUUACCAGCGCCAACAGGAGCCCCCAUCAGCGCCGGGAUAUACAAUCAGGAUACGUUGGCUUGGCAUACUGGUCCAACGGCGCAGACCCCAAUCCAAUCUCCUCUUUCAGUACCUUUUGGGUCGUCCCAGAGGUUCCAGAAGUAGUUGACGGUCAGACCAUAUUUAUCUUCAACGGACUUGAGCCGGAUGCUGGGGACGCCAUCUUACAGCCAGUCUUACAAUACGGCGGGUCAGCUGCUGGAGGUGGAAAUUAUUGGGCACUUUCGUCGUGGUGGGUUAUCGGGACAAGCGCAUUCUUCACACCGCUCGUCCAAGUCCCCGUCAACCAAGGCCUUACUGGACUUAUGACCCUUCAAAGCAUCACAAACACUGAGGGCGUAGCGGCAUACAACUACAACUCUGUGUUUACUGGCUUCCCUGGUACCUCCCUCUCCAUCUCAUCGACUAGGCCCCUUCCACUUGCAUUCGAAGCGUUGGAAGUUUACAGUGCCAAAUCACCUACUUAUCUUCCUCGUGGACGGACGUCGAUGAGAGGGAUCGAUAUUAUCAAGAAUAACGGUGUUCGCCCGACCGUCAUUUGGUCAACAAUCGUUGACACUGCCGAAGGGUUUACCAUGUCAGUCGUAUCAAAUGGAGUACCUAACGGACAGGUAGAUAUCUUCUACCCGCUUCAAUGA